ACAUAGAGAUGGAAAACUAUAUAAGGCAGGCUAUAAGCUGUCAUUUCAUUCAUACCCAUAGCUCCCCAGCUUGUUUUGUUUCCCGUUCCUCGUGAUUCCGUGGAAGAAAACCCUAAGCCCGCUUCAGAUAAUGAUACAUAAUCACAUACUCUAAUUUACCACCUCAAAAUACUACCAAGAUGGCGGCAUACGCCGGUACAAUUCAAACCCUAACCGACCGUGCGGCAUUGAUGAAAGAAUCAAUGCAGAAAACGCAGUCUAUUACGGAUAACAUGGCGGCGAUUCUCGGCUCCUUUGACCACCGCCUCUCCGCCCUCGAGACCGCCAUGCGCCCAACGCAGUUGAAAACGCAUUCGAUAAGGAGGGCGCAUGAGAACAUCGACAAGACGCUCAAGUCUGCCGAGGGUAUUCUUAGUCAAUUUGAUCUCUCACGCAAGGCAGAGGCUAAACUCUUGAGGGGCCCUCAUGAGGAUUUGGAAAGUUACCUAGAAGCUGUAGAUCAACUAAGGAGUAUUGUCCGUUUCUUUAGCGGAAAGAAAGGCAUCAAGAGUAGCAUUGGGGUGGUCAACCAUGCCAAUAACUUAAUUGGAAAGGCAGUAAUAAAACUAGAAGAAGAAUUACGACAGCUUCUUGCCUUAUACAGCAAACCUGUUGAACCUGAUCGUCUUUUUGACUGCCUGCCAAACUCUAUGAGGCCAUCAACAGGUGGAUCACCUCGUGAUGGUGAAUCAAAUGGAAAGAAAGCAUCUGAGCAACAAAAUAAGGAAACUGUUGUUUAUCAACUUCCAACUCUUAUUCCGGCCAAACUUCUGCCUUUACUACAUGAGAUAGCUGAGCAAAUGAUUCAAGCCGGCCACCAACAGACAGUUAUGAAUAUAUACAGGGAAGCUCGGUCUUCAGCACUAGAACAAACUCUUAGGAAACUAGGUGUUGAAAGGCUUGGUAAAGAGGAUGUGCAAAAGAUGCAAUGGGAAGUUCUAGAGGCAAAGAUAGGAAACUGGAUUCAUUAUAUGCGAAUUGCUGUCAAACUUCUGUUUGCUGGUGAAAAGAAAGUAUGUGAUGCGAUUUUUGUGGGUCAUGAUACUCUUAGGGAUCAGUGUUUUGCUGAUGUUACAGCAAACAGUGUAUCUGUGCUCCUCAGUUUUGGAGAAGCAAUUGCUAAGAGCAAAAGAUCACCUGAAAAGCUGUUUGUCCUCCUGGACAUGUACGAGAUAAUGCGAGAACUUCAGACAGAGAUAGAUAUCAUAUUUGGAAGUAAAUUUUGUGUUGAAAUGCGAGAAUCUUCUGUCAACCUCACAAAACGUCUAGCUCAGACUGCUCAGGAAACUUUUGGUGAUUUUGAGGAAGCAGUUGAAAAAGAUGCCACGAAAACUGCUGUUCUUGAUGGAACAGUCCAUCCUUUAACCAGCUAUGUGAUUAACUACGUGAAAUUUCUUUUUGACUAUCACUCAACUCUACAGCAACUCUUUAGAGAAUUUGAUGAUGGUGAUGCAGAAAAACAUUUGGCGUCUAUAACAACAAGGAUAAUGCAGGCUCUUCAGAGUAACCUUGAUGGAAAAUCCAAGCAAUAUAAAGAUCCUGCUUUAACUCAACUAUUUCUAAUGAACAAUGUGCACUAUAUUGUCAGAUCUGUGCGCAGGUCAGAGGCAAAGGAUCUACUUGGUGAUGACUGGGUGCAAAUACAUAGACGAGUUGUCCAGCAGCAUGCAAACCAGUACAAGAGGAUUGCUUGGUCUAAGAUUCUUCAGUGUCUCUCAAUUCAGGGAGCCUCCCAGCCAUCUGAUGUGGCUGGUGUUUCCAGGCAAAUGGUGAAAGACAGGUUCAAAAACUUCAACUUGCUAUUUGAGGAGAUUCAUCAGAGGCAAUCUCAAUGGACCGUUCCAGACAGUGAGUUACGAGAGUCUCUGAGACUCGCAGUUGCUGAGGUUCUUCUGCCUGCAUAUAGGUCUUUCAUUAGACGCUUUGGGCCUAUGAUUGAGGGUGGAAAAAAUCCACAGAAGUAUAUCAGAUAUACUCCAGAAGAUCUUGAAAGAAUGCUGGCAGAGUUCUUUGAAGGAAAGACGUGGAAUGAACCAAGGCGAUAAAUUCUUAUGAACUACGCAUUCGUGUAUUAUAAAUGAAAGUUAAGUCGGCACUCUGCCUAUCCGCGUCUGCAAACUAGUUAGCCUGGUGCAAUGUGCUUUCUCAUAUGGUUUGGAGUACCGUUCCUAUUUUUCAUUAUUUCUAGUUUAAGCCUAGCCUGCAGCAAACUUGUGAAUGUGUACCAUGAUUCACUCAUCUCUUUUCCUUGUUUGUGGAAGUACUUCAGGGAAUAAAGUUAUUAUGUCACAAGAAGGCAGGUUUUGCACUUCAUUUAUCUUAGAAGUUCAGUUAGAAUGCAAGAAGAUAAAAAUCAAGGGGGGUCUUUGUCUUUUUGUAGGGAAGUUGAGAAACUAUAAAUGGGCAGGUGAAGAUUUAUUAUCAAAUGGCAGAAGGUAGUAAAGAACAAAAGUAUUAUGUGGGUGAGGCAGAGGCUGCCAAACUUGUACAACAAAAGCAGCAUGAUGCACACACCAUCAGAACUGAAAGAAAGAACCUUUUUUUCUUCAUUUCUUGAGCUGCCCAUCUUUUCAUUUUUCUCUCUCAUCAGAUCAAGCCAAAAGAGGAUGAACUGCCCUCAACUUGAUCCAAACUUGAAAUGAGGUCUAAUAAGAUUGAGAUCUGAUUUUCAAAGAAUGCUCCUAG